GAUCAAGCGGAAUUUUGACCGUGUCUCGAAAUGGCGGCAUCUAAGGGUGCCAACACCUACAACCGUCAGAACUGGGAAGACUCUUCAUUUCCCAUUCUAUGUGAGACAUGCUUAGGACCAAGUCCCUUCGUUCGAAUGAUGAAAGAGAAAUAUGGCAAGGAGUGUAAAAUUUGUGACCGUCCUUUCACUGUAUUUCGUUGGUGCCCUGGUCCCAAAGCCAGAUUCAAAAAGACUGAAGUCUGUCAGAGCUGUGCAAAGAUCAAAAAUGUUUGCCAGACCUGUUUGUUCGACCUCGAAUACGGUCUUCCUGUUGAAGUCCGUGAUAAAGCACUUCGUUUAUCACAACAAUUGCCGAAAAAUGAUGUUAAUCGAGAAUAUUUCCACCAGCAAAUUGAACAGAACCUUGAAGUGGAAGGUGACAUAACAGCUCCAUAUGGAGGAAAUCAGCUAAUUGGAAAAGCUAUUUCAAACACAGCAUCGGCAAGCAGUUCUAGCGGUGGUGGAGGCACAGAUUUACUUUUAAAGUUAGCCCGUACUGCACCGUAUUAUCGUAGAAAUCGCCCACACAUAUGCUCUUUUUGGGUGAAAGGUGAAUGUAGGAGAGGAGAAGAAUGUCCAUAUAGGCAUGAAAAGCCUACCGAUCCUGAUGAUCCUCUUUCUGACCAGAAUCUAAGAGAUCGUUACUACGGUCACGAUGAUCCAGUGGCAGCCAAACUGCUGUCGAAAUAUGACACAAUGCCUAAACUUAUUCCUCCUGAGGAUCGUACAAUAACCACACUAUAUAUUGGGGGUAUUCCUGAUGGAAUGACGGAAAAAGACCUUCGCAAUCAUUUUUACCAGUUUGGAGAGCUGCGUUCUGUUAAUCUCCAUGCCAAACAACAUUGUGCUUUCAUACAGUUCGCAACUAGAGGUGCUGCUGAACGUGCGGCUGAUCGGACUUAUGACCGAUUAAUUUUGGGUGGUCAUAGACUAACAGUCAAUUGGGGGAAAUCACCAGCAGCUUUGGCGGCUGCCAACUCUCACUCAUCAACAGAAGCUGGUGAUAUAAGUCUACCUCCUGUUCCUGGUUUGCCUUUGCCACCUGUUUUACCGCCUACCAACUUACUAAAUAAAGCUAUGACUAUCGGUCUUAGCGGGAAUUUCUUUAUGACACCUCCACCACCGCCACCUCCUCCACCGCCUCCUACUACCAAGUCACUAAUAGGUUCCAGUUCCGAUCAUGUGUCCAGUAGUAAGAUGCCACUUAUUCCACCUCCAAUUCAACUUGCACCACCAGUUGCUGAACCACCACCUCCUGGAGAAUUGUUCUUACGAGGUCCACCGCCUCCACCUUUGCCUCAUUUCACCGUACGUCCAAGUUUAUUACGAAACCCUCCACCAUUAGCACCUCCUGCCCUACGCGAUUCAAGCUCAUCGUCUUUAUUGCCUAUGCCUCCCCCUCCGCCACCGCCGCCGCCUCCACCUCCUCUUAAGUCACAACUCAGCACAACAAUGACUUCAACAUUGAAUGAAUCAAAGUCUAGUAAAAACACACCAGCUGAUGAUGAUCAAUUGGGUAUUCAUUAUCCAAGCCAAAAUCCUCAACGGUUGGGUAGUGUACCACACACUGAACAACAUGACUGAAAAUGUAUACUUUUUGUUGAAUAUAAAUCAUCUGUCUUUUAUAACCACUCAAAGUCUUAUUUUAUAUAUUGUAUUGGGAUUAAUGGUCAUUUUUUUAGUAUGUGAUCUAACUUGCUUCGUCAGGUUUGCGGGUAAAAAUACAUUUGUCUGUACUACAUAAACUUUCU